AUGAACGAACGGACUCCGAGCUCUUCAGCAACCAACAUCUCCUCUACACCACAAGCUGAACCCGUCACAUCCAGUCUCAUCAUGUUCCGAGCUGGCUACUGGGAGGACGACCCUAUGGAUGGGGCCUUGGGUUCUUCUAUGUUGCGACAUGGAGCUCCUACACGCCGCUUCGAUGAGUACUACAGGUGUUAUCCCGUCGCUAUGAUGCCUGGACCCGAGAGAGAGAAUGUGAACCACGGCGGCAAAGUCAUUAUGCCACCUAGUGCUCUGGACAAGCUAACUCGACUACACAUCACCUAUCCUAUGCUUUUCGAGCUUCAUAAUGGUGCUAAGGGGAAGAUGUCACAUGCCGGUGUGCUUGAAUUUAUUGCUGAGGAGGGGAAGAUCUACCUACCGUACUGGCUAAUGCAAACUCUGCUCCUCGAACCUGGCGAUCUCGUGCAAGUCAAAUCCACAGACCUUCCUCCCGGUCGAUUUAUCAAGCUUCAAGCCCAGUCCACCUCGUUUCUGGACAUCAGCGAUCCCAAGGCGGUUCUGGAAAAUGCGUUCCGAAAUUUCUCAUGUUUGACGAAGGAUGAUAUUUUUACUUUUGCGUAUAAUGAUCAGGUUUACGAGAUGGCUGUGUUGGAAACAAAGCCGGUUAAUGAGACGAACGCCAUUUCCGUUCUCGAGACCGAUCUUGAAGUCGACUUCGCGCCACCCAUUGGAUACGAAGAACCACAACGGCCCAGUGGUACCAGCACACCUGGAAGUGUUAUUGGUGGCAAACUCCCCGCUGGGGGGCUUCUGCAUACUCAUGGCACUAUGGCACAAGCGAUCAAUUAUGCAGCUAUUGCUCCGGAGGCUACCGACGUUGCGGCUGGUGCAAGAGCCUUGUCAUCGAACUUCCUUUCUGGGGGUCACCGUCUGAAUGCGAAAAAGGGCAGCAAGACGCCUACCCCAACAGCGUCAACUCCAACCCCGGGGGCUACCAAUCCCCAACAUCCCCCUCCGGUUAGAAGGACAAAUGGACCCCAACCCCUUCGUCUUCCCCCGAAUCAACUUUUCUUCGGGUACGCCAUCAAGCCUGUCAAGAAACGAGACGAGGAGGACCAGGUGGUGGGAGACGAGAAGCCUCGCUUCCAAGGAACUGGCCAGUCACUAAGAGGAAAAAAGAAGGAUCUAGAAGGCUCUGCCACCCCUACUUAA